GCAUGAUGGAUGAUGCCCCCAUCGCAGGUACAGGCGCCAGAUACCUCGGUAACGUCGACGUGUCGACGACAAAUGCAAAAACACACGAAGCCUCCCCACCAGGCAGCGCACAACCCCGAACACCGCAUUACGUUUGCCCUUGACCCGACCCGGCCCGGCUCGCUACCCCCCCCUAAUCCCGUCUGCUCUCCCCCCACGCGCGCGCCCCUGGACAUGCGACUCUCCCCGGCCCAGCACAGAGAGCUACAGCGGACCAGGUAGAGCGCGACGACAGGGAGGCAUGAGGCUGACCCGAGGAUGAACGCCGAUCCUCUCCUGCCCAUCGCGCCGGCGAGGGUGAAGGCGCUGGUGCUGCCCGUCGGCCGGAUAAGGCGCAGCCGCUUCCUCUGCUUUCUGGAGAGGCUGGCCGCCGAGCAUGUCGUCCACCUCAGGGAUAUCAGCCCGGACAACCGGCCGAACAGAAACAUGUUCUCGCCGCUGGCUUUCCCCGAUGGCGCAAUCUUCUACGAGUUCGCGACCCAUUUCCCCCACGCGGCGCACCUCGGCCUCUACCCCUUCGACCUGUACCGAGAGCCCAUGGCCAUUAUAGCCAUCGCUGACGGGUCCGAGAUGGACAGCCCAGUCCUCUCCGAGAGGCAGUCCGGCGGCGGUCGAACCACGGCCGAGAGGAAUAUCAGGUCCCUAUAUCAGGAGCUCGAGGAGCUGCGCGACCAGUACCCCAAAGUGCUUGUCCAUCAACUUGUGGUUUUCGACCAUGUGGAGCACCAGGACGAGCCGAUCCCGAUACCCGAAGGCAUCGUCACUGUGCCCCCCAUCCAGGACUGCAAGAGGACGACUAUGAGAACAGUCAUGUGCGACAUCUCGGCCGUGCUACUGGCCGAGAUGACGAUGCUGGCCAAGUCGUUCGAGGCCGUCCCCUACGUGGAAUCUCCCGGCCAAACCUCUACCAUGCGCCAAAACGGCAUGUCGUGGAACGGCGGCGAUACGAUGAGGCGCAACUCGCAAAUAUCUGCGCCCGCCGCCCGGUCUAGUUCGGCCUCGGCCUCGAACCGCAUGUCCAUGCCGGUGCUCUCCAAGAGCUCGGGCGGCGGGUUCGGCUCCAACAGCUCCACCCCUGCACGCCCGUCGACCCCCGUGGGCAGCGCGCUCCCGACCACUGCCGAGUCCGAGUUCGGUUCGGAUCCGCCAACCCCUGAGCAGAACGCGCGCACCUCGCGCUCCGGCGGCGGAGCCAGCGACAACUCCAGGAGCGUUAGCCAGGACAGGGUCUCGGUGCAGGGCUUCGGCUGGGGCGGCUUCAACGAGCGGUGGAGGAGCAAGGGCAAGGGCAGGAUCACCAUCGUGACGGGCUCCCUCUACCUGAUGGCCGGCCGCUGGCCCGACGCGCUCAAGGAGCUCAUCGAGGGCGCCACCGUCGCCCGGUCGAUUAACGACCACAUCUGGCAAGGCAAAGCUCUCGAGAUGAUAGUCGUAUGCCUGAUUAUGCUCGGUUGGGCCGGUGUCCAGUUCCAGGUGCCGACCAUCUGCCUGCCGCCCCCUGGCGAGAAGCCAUCCGCCCACGCCGCGACUGCGGCAGCCAUGGCGGCCAUCGAGGCCGAGAAGAACGCGGACCCGAACCAGCCCAAGUGCUGGCGCAGCCUGCAGUCCAUCCUGCCGGAACUUGUGGAGCGCAUCGUCGGGCUGUACUCGCGCAUAUCGUCCGAGCACCUCCCGCCGCUCCCGCUCGCCGAGGCCAUCAUCAGGCUCUGCAAGACCACGGCGGCGCUCCACAUCUGCGACGGGAGGCUUACGGUCAAGACGAUCGAGCUGCUCGUGACGGGCAAGGCGCCAGACAAGGCGCUGACGUCGUCGCCCCGCCUGACCGUCACCCCGCCGCGGACCCAGAUAAUGACUCUGUUGUUCAAGGCGUUCCCGAGCUCGCAGGCAGAGCUGAUCAGCACGGUCGACCGCGUCGUGAUCCUGACGGGCAUCGCAUCCGUGCUUGGAGUUUUGGGGUACCAACGAAAGAAGGCAUUGGUGAUGCGUGAGCUAGUCUCGGUGCUUGUAGGCGGCCUUGUGGAGGCGCGGACCCGUGGUGCUGCAGAGGUCGGCAUCCACCCCGCCGCCGGGCUGGCGGCCCUGAACGGCGCCAACGGCCAGACGAACGGGGCUGCUGCCCUGGAGCUUGAGGAGGGUGAUAUAGAGCAGGGGAUGGAUGCCUUCCUCGGCCUCCUACUCAGGACAUACGGGGUGGUCGGGUUCGACAUGGCCGCCAUGAUCUCGCCGGGAACCGAGCCGUCACGCGACGACUCGGAUGCGGCGGUCGUGGCGAGGAUACAGAAGCAGGCCAGCGCUAGAUUCUAUGGCAUCUCCAGCAUGAAGCUCAACAUCCUGCGGGCGUGCAUAAACUUCUCCGAGGCCCUCCCGGACUUUAGCGGCGUCCUGAGGUACUCUAGCGACCUGCUGCGGACGGCCGGCAGCGGGCUCGCGCCGGGGCCGAGGAAGGAGGACGCGGCCCCGAUAAUAUCGCGCGAGGAGCAGGUCCGGCUCAUGACCAACAUCCUGAAAACCUCGAGCCUCGCGGAGCGGCUGGGAAUGGGCGAGAUCGCCGCCGAGUUCUGGGACGAGUUCCUGCUCAGGGGCGUCAAGCUCGAGCCUCUGGCCCCGGCGCGGGCACCGACCGAGCACAAGAAAAGCGAGCUCGUCGGGGCGUCGACAGCAAGGAGCUCGCAGGACCUCGACCCGCUGAUACACAACCCGUUCAUGAAGGUUCCUGACAAGGCCGGGGCGGACCAGGGCCUCGUGGCGGGGGAGUCGGUCAUGUUCAAGCUCACGCUGCAGAACCCGUACGACCUCGAGAUAGAGCUCGAGCGCGUGCAGCUGGACGCUGACGGUGCCGCGUUCGAGUCCUCGGUGGUUAGCGCCUUCCUUGGACCCUACCGCACCCAGAUCCUCCGGCUGUCGGGCACUCCCAAGGCGCCCGGGCCGCUACACAUCACGGGAGCAAUAAUCAAGGUCAGGGGCUGCCGGGAGCGGCGGUUCCCCAUCUUCCUAGAGGCGUGGCAGCCAGAGGACGAGCUUAAACCAAAGGCGAUCGGGCUGGCCGCGCUCGAGCACCACGUGCGCCAGCCCAAUCCGGCCUCGACAGCACCCAAGAUCGAGCGCUUGUCACUCAACGUGAUUGAGGAGCAGCCUAUUGUGGUCGUCAAGUCCACGUCGCUGCCCCAGUCCUCGGUUAUGAUCCUCGAGGGCGAGAGGCAGGUGUUUACGGCGACGCUGCACAACCUGUCCAAGACGACGGCGGCCGACUUCCUCCUCUUCUCGUUUCAGGACUCUACGCAGGAGCCGCUGCAGCAGGCGCUGAACAGGAGGGACGCGACGCCGGCGGAGCUGUACGAGUACGAGCUGAUACUAGCCAAGAAGCAGGCGCUGCGGCUCCGCAAGGCGGGAGGGCAGGCCGGUGGUGGCAGCAGUGCCCGGCGGUACAUCGGUCCAGGCGAGGAGGCCACGUUCGAGUUUGAGAUACUGGGCAAGCCGGGGCUCACGAGCGGGGUGAUCCAGGUGGACUACGCGCAUCUGGGCGUGCCGCCCGAGGAGCUGCCGCAGAAGUUCUACACGCGGCAGGCGACGCUGCAGCUCACCAUCACCGUUAACGCCAGCGUGGAGCUGACCAGGGUCGACAUACUCCCACUCCACGACGGCAUCCCGCGGAGGCUGCUGGGCUGCUACGGCAAGAAGGAGCACGAUGGCGAAGGGUCCGACGAGGUAGACAAAGAUGCCGUAGCCAAGCCGCCUCUGCCCGCCGACGAGGAGCACUGCCUGCUCCUACUAGACCUACGCAACUCUUGGCCCAACAACAUGCACAUCGAGCUGACGACGGCGGACGGGGUCAAGCUGGACGACACUAUACUGCCCGGCAACACGUGGCGGGUGGUGGUGCCCUUUAAGCGGCUCUACGUCGACAACCCGCACGAGGCGGUACCGGCGCUGAACCCGGCGCGGCAGCGGCAGUUCGUCGUCAGCACCACCAUCUCGCCCGAGGCCGAGAGGGCUUCGAGGGAGGCGUUCUGGUACCGAGAUCGCAUACUAAAGCGGCUGGGGGCCAAGUGGAGGACAGGGAGCGCAUCGUCGUACGGUGGCGGCAGUAUCAACACCGUGAACGGCCGGACCGGCGACGUUGAGCUGCGCAACCUGAGGCUGACGCCCCGCAUGAUCGAGGCGGUCAAGGUGGACGAGGUCGGCAUCGAGCUGUGGGUGACGCAGCAGGGCCGUGACUGCAGCAACGGCGACGCCGACACUGACGGCAGCCAGAGCGGCGGCGGCGGCGGUGGCAACAGGAAAAACGACGUGUUCGUCGACGAGCUCGCGCAGCUGCGGGCGCGGGUGACGAACCGCACAGCCAAGCCCAUCUACCCGACGAUCCGGCUGAUGCCGGCGCUCUGCCACCGGUCGCUCAACGUGGCGCUCGACUUCACGCGCAAGCUGGCGUGGAACGGCACGCUGCAGCGCACGCUCCCGCUGCUCCCGGGCGGCGAGAGCGCCGAGGUGGCCAUCGGCGUCACGGCGCUGUGCAGGGGCGAGUUCGAGAUCACGGCCUCGGUCGAGGAGACGAAACUGUGGCGGCCGGCGGCGUCCGAGAAGGAAGAGGGGGACGAGGCCAAGAAGAAGAAGAAGAAGGCCGAGGAGGAGGAUGGGGGAGGGAUGCCGGUUGGGCCCGGCGCCGGCCCGAGGCCCAGGUCGGACACGCAGACGCUCAUGGACGCGGUGCUCGGGGCGACGGAGAGGCGCAUCUGGCACACGAGGCGACCGUGCUACGUCGUUGUCAGGGAGAGGGAGUGAAUGGGCGAGUGCCUGGAUGACCUAGCCAGGGGGAGGGAGGCUUUUAUUUUUUAUUUAUUUUUGCUUUUUGUACAUGGGUGGCUAUACACCCCCCUCCCCUCGCCCACUGUUGAUAACCUGCCUGUCUGCUGUUGGGUGAUUGAUGUUGGAUAUGCCCAAAAAGGAAGAAAAAAGGAGAAAAAAAAACAAGAAUUAUGAGAUGAAGGUUCUUUUGUUGGGUUUUAUGCCGUGACAGGUGACAAUGCCGCCAAAGCGAGGGUGAGGUGAGGGCUGAUGACACACCCCUGCCCAG